UCAUUUGAGGGUCGAAAUAAGCGGCUACUUAUGAGACGCAAAAGGAUUGAGAAAGCGAGCUCUCGUCGGUGAGCCGGCAUGCCGGGUAAGGAGACGGCACGUUCGACGUGCGAAACGCAAGGGACCCACCGGACUCGCACACAUGUGGGAGCGGGCUCUCGACCUUCGUGCAUUACGAGACAUGCCUGGCCGCCACAAGACCCGGUUGGACUGUGUGCGGGCACGGAUGAGAAUUAUGCAUUCGAAUGCGCGAGUAUUAAUGGGAGAGUCUUGCCGGUUGAGAGCUCCCAACAAGUUUUUCUGCGAUCCAGCACCUGUUGAUCCAUCCUUCCUUCCUUCUGAUCAGACUAAGACUAAGACUCUGAACUUCUACGAUCUCGAGCAACUCCACGAUGCAGAUUCUCAGCUAGCUGCUCCGUUACCAUCUUCCCAUUUCUUACAGCUCCAGCUCCCUCUGGUACAUCGUCCAGCGAAGGCAAACAUUUAACAGUCAUGGCGAUGGCCACGCGAUUCAGCCUUCUCUGCCUCGCUCUCUGCCUCGCCGUUCAGACCACUCGGGCCGAAAAGUACUUCGUAGGUGACGACCUCGGAUGGACAUUCACCAAUGACUCGAGUGGUCUGCCGGUGGAUUACACAGCGUGGGCUUCCAAAUACACUUUCUUCAAGGAUGAUGUUCUAGUCUUCAACUACUCGGCCACCCAGCAGAAUAUCUACACCUUCGAUACGUACGACGGUUGGCAGAACUGCAACUUUUCCAAGGGUUUCAUGCUCGACAAUGGAAAUAAUGGAACUUCUGAGUGGAUCUUGACUGCGGAGGGCCACUACGAGUUUGCCAGCGCUAUGUUUUGCCAUCAAGGGCAGAAAUUCAGUAUUUACGCAGUCGACCCCCAGCUUCUUAUCACUCAAGUAACAUCAGGUUCUACUGCUCCAGCACCAGCCCCGGCAGCAGCCAUUGGACCCGCAACGGCUCCACUCAGCAGCAACUCUUCGACACCGACCCUUGCACCACCCAAGCCCGCAACCCCGGGCUUGAAACCUGCAACGCCACCGCCUCCUCCAUCGGCCUCCGCGCCCGCGAUCGUGACUCAUGUCUUGAUGAUGGUUGUAGCCUGUGCCACGGUUUCGGUCAUGCACUCCUUCCUUUAGACUUCAGAAUUCGCAGAGCAACUUACAAGCUCAGUAUCUACCUACCUGUACCUAAUUUGAUCCACAAUUGCAGUAAAGGAUUAUUCUCCUCCUCCAUUUUGGAAACAGGAAACUCUAGUCAACCAAACGGCAUCGAAUCAUGGAUCCCAGUGCUGUUCGUCUGUCAAUUCAGGA